AUGGAUCAAGUUAGACAAUAUACGUCGAAGGCGGAAGAUGUUAUUGGUACAAUCUCUCAACCGCUGAAACCCUUCAUUCCUGCAAUCGCUCGUUUCCUCGUUGUGGUAACGUUUUUGGAAGACGCGUUCAGGAUAUUGUUUCAAUGGGAAGAUCAAUUGUUCUAUCUAGAGAGAGUUAGAGGAAUUCCAUGGGGUGGUUCGCACCUUUUUUUGGCGAGUAAUAUCGUCAUCAUGUUUGUAGGAUCUUUCUUAGUCGUUAGGAGAAAAUACCCCGAAUACGCUGUCGGCGGCCUUUUCCUUGUUGUUGUAGCCCAAUCGAUUGGCUACGGUCUUUGGAAUGAAUUCAAUUUUCUGUUAAGAAGCUUAUCUGUGAUUGGUGGCCUAUUAAUGGUUCUUUCUGACGCGUUUUCCAAAAAGAAAUCAGUCUUUCCUGGUCUUCCGCAAUUAUCCGAAGUAGAUCGUAAAACGUACUUCCAACUUUUUGGUCGCGUUUUAUUGAUCCUAUUGUUCAUAGGUUUUAUUUUCCAUGGGGAAUGGUCCUACUCUCGAGCUAUUGUCUCCCUCAUAGGAUUUGCUGCUUGCAUAAUGGUGGUUGUUGGUUUCAAGGCCAAGUGGUCGGCUACAUUUUUGGUUCUGUCCCUUUCGGUUUUCAAUUUGUUCAUCAAUAAUUUCUGGUCAGUUCAUCAUGCAAAUCCACAACGUGACUUUUUGAAGUAUGAUUUCUUCCAAACUCUUAGUAUUGUUGGCGGAUUACUGUUAUUGGUGAAUAUGGGUCCUGGUGGAAUUUCCAUUGAUGAGAAAAAGAAAGAAUUUUAA